UCACAUGCACACCGGAAUACAGUGCUCGUCGUGAAAGGAAAGUUUGGCAAUUAUCGGCGUCGUUCGAGAUGAACGGAAUCCAAUUUCGACGAUCGUACAUGUUUACUUCCGAUCAGGCAUGUUUACACUUUUUAUGGUGUAUCACGUGCAACGUGUUCUCUGACAAGGUAACGCGAAGAGUGCCGUCAAGAACGCCGCGGAUGAGAUCGGAUCAUUUCGUGUUCGUAAGGCAACGCGAUCGGACGAGAGAAAAAUUUUUUAAAAAUUCGCCAUGGUCGCUCGUAGAAUCUGCUGCAUCGACGUGUCAUUAGCGGCGAGGAUAAUCGGAGCAUACACGAUGUCCACUUCGGUUCUAAUGAUAAACAUGUUGGUAAGCAACUUUUUCUCGAAGAGUGACGAUGAAGAUUUUUUCAAAGUCGCGAAGAAUUGGGCGAUACUGGGAUUCAAUUGGAUGCAAGCUUUCAGAUACAUGCAUCUGCAGAACAAAGUGCAAACAGCCAUGGUAUCCUUCCUGACAUACAUCAGUCUGUUUCUACUGGCCGGUGCGUAUCUCGCCUUGGCAUCAUUUACGAGGAGACAUAAGUACGCCGUGCCUUGGAUGUAUUUGCAAAUAAUUAGCAUAACAGAUCAGACCAUGGCGCUAUCUAAUCAUAUAAUACAGCAGCAACAGAACGCUACCUUAGCUAGAUCCAUGACAUGCAGCAUCUAUUUAAUUUCGAGCAUCUAUUUGUGGAUGAUCGUGCAUGCAGCUCGAAAGCAAUGGUACGAGGAGCAGCGAAAUCACGUGGAGCGCGAAUUGAGAGUGUCGGAUCCUCCACCAGCAUCACCCACAAACGACCCCAAGUCACCGUCCUUUCUCUCGCAAAACUUUUCCAUGUUCAAAUCACCGCCGACGAUUCUGCCCAAAUAACAAAGUGGAAAAGUCCACGAAGAACUGUGGAUAAUUCUUGAAAGAUUCUGACAGAAUCGGACGAAGGGAGUCAUUGACGGAACUUUUAGGAUCGGGAAGGAUGAUUUGAAGAAUCAAUAUGUGAGAUGGAAAGGCCGAGAGAUUUUCUUCGUAAUAUCUCAUUUUUUUUUUUUUUUUGAUAUUAUUAUUCGAGACUACGCAAUUUAUAUAUAUUUAUUUUUAGACAUAAAGAUAGACGAGUAAUAAAUUACUCAGCCAGCAAGCACACGUGAUUUUGACAUGCAUUUGUUACUUGGGUGCAUCUGUCACGCUCAUGCUUAAAAUUCCGACGGAAUUUUUUCUGCGAAAUUCAUAGAACCAUCGACAAAAUUUAUUUAACGUUACUGUGUGACACAUAGUAGCUUCAUUAUGUAUGAUAAAGUUUCCUAUGUCAAUAUUGACUAUUGACAAGAUAAAAUUUUAUCAAAGACAUAAAUAAAUGGAAUUGAAUUCAAAUUUAAUCAAAUCAAUAUUCGCAAGUUCUAGAGAUAAGACAAUUAGUAUUAAAAAUUUUUUAACACAAGAAAUAUAUGAAACGGAUCUUGGGUUAAUUUUAACGCAUCUGUUCGUAAGCGACACAAGAUAUUUCUGAGAAUUUAGACGUUAAGUCGACGGGCUAUUCAUUGAUCCCCUUUACCUAAUGGAAUAUUCGCGAGCUACUAAAGUUCGCUAGUCGGCGAGUCAGGAUUGAGGGAGACGUAUAAUAAUGCGGAGAGUAAAACUUCACAUAAAUCAGUCGGGAGAUGCGACUAAUAGAGUGUAUCAAGCGCGCCCUCGGCGGAGCGUGCGCUUGCAUAGAAAAUAUGAGAAACGGCCGCGUUUUACGUCGAAAUACUUUUAAAUUUCCUGAAUUUCGAUCGCACACAAGCAUAUUCGCUAUGCAGGGUCGAUCGUCUCUUCGCGAUGGAAGUCGAUUUGUCCGAGAAUAGCUCCAACUUUUCAGCAAUAUUCGCGAGAAUAGUGAUCGAGCGUACCAUAUACGAAGAGGAAGGCUCUCGAUACGAUUUAUCGUAGAUGCUUUGUCGUAUCGAUAUAAUAUAUUCGUAUUUAUACAGAUAUAUAUAUACUUAAAUAAUACAUGAGCUAUUAUAUAUUAGCAAUAUUUUAUUCAGUUCAGUAGUUUGUUAUUUUAAAAAUAAGUAUAGAAUGACAAAAAAAAUUUUCCAAUCUUGUAUAUAUGUAUAUUUAAGUAUCUCUUCUAAUUCUAAGUUUAUUUAUGUUUUCGUAUAUAUAAAAGUUUAU